AUGAGUGACUACAGCAAAAUAGAUACAUAUUAUGUCAUGCCCAAUGGGAAGCGUGCAAGGUGUGCUGGUGAUAUGGAUAAGUUUCUGGAGGCAUACAAAAACCGCUUAUCUGCUUCAGAUUUCAGCUUUGCACCACUCAAGGUUGUUGAGGAGACUGUUUCUCACAACUCUGCCUGGAAGGCUGCCAAGGCCAAGAAGCAGAAGGCAGAGGCACAAAAGUGA